UCUGGAGAGCAGCCUCAGAUGCUUUCACUUCUGCUGGUCCCACGCUCUGUGAGGACAGCCACCCUCAUGAUGGAGGGGCGGUAGUCUGGAGGUUUUGCCCCCUCUUGUCGUCACAGCAGUCUUUUAUAAACAGUCUGUGCCUGCCUCCGCCGGCUGGACCAACAAAUUUGUGAGUGUGUGUUGAAGCUCACACUACAUAUGACCGACGAACUUUGGGAUAUAACGCGGUUAUUAACAAGAUGGCAACAGAAAACUUGGAAAUGAACGGUGAUGCUGGCGGCGAGGCUGAGUCAGGGUUUGUGUUUGUGUUCAGGUCCCGCUGCGACCCCGCUUCAGGAGGCAACAGGGACCUUUGAACAUGAACCAUUACGCCAAUAAGAAGAGCGCGGCAGAGAGCAUGCUGGAUGUGGCUCUGCUGUUGGCCAAUGCCUCGCAGCUGAAGGCCGUGCUGGAGCAAGGACCAGACUUCACCUUCUAUGUGCCCCUUAUUACUCUCAUUAGCAUCUCCCUCAUCCUGCAGAUCGUGGUGGGAAUUCUGCUCAUCUUCAUAGUGAAGUGGAACCUGAAUGAUGAAAGCAUGCACUACAAGCUGAACAUCUUGGAGAACAUCGCCACGGCCUUUGUCUUUAUCAUUGUCGUGGUCAACGUCUUCAUCACAGCCUUUGGUGUGCAGCGACCAAACCAAAGUUCUUGAUCAAGCUUUUACAUGAUGACUCUCCCUGAGUGAUGAUCAACUAAGGAAAGAUGGACAGGACUUUUAUUUAUUCACCAAACUAAAUGGCACGUGUGUUUGCCAUUCUGUAAUACAACCUCCCACGCAUGCCACUUGAUACCCUGAGGAUCAGAUUACAGUGUUUGUGUGUGUGUGUGUGUGUUUGUGUGUUUGUGAGAGAGAGAGAGUGUAUGUAUGUGUGUUAGAGGGGUUCACUAUUUCUCUAACCAUGGCUAUGGACAAAUGUUUGGUCAAUCCUUCUUUGAUGUGUACAUUCCCCAGUUUAUUACCUCUUACAAUAUUCAGGUUACUUAUGCAAAUAAAUGGUUGCCUUUUCUUACAAAACAAACAUAUCAGGAGCAACGUACUGUAAUGGCAGUCACAAACAUUGUGAAUGUUUCCUGAAGAAAAAGACAUUCUACUGUUAUUCUAAGUAUCUGUCAGUCUAAGCUCAAUGUAUACUAAUAUCUGUAGAACAAAAGUAAACCUAAUAACCUUAUCACCACAGCGUAAUCCAAAUGCAAUUCUUAACAGUAAGAAUCAGGAGCCAUCUUGGCCUCCUGUUGCUCCUGUGGCUUUACAUGAUAUAACAGCUUUAUUAUGGGAGCAAAGGUUGUACAGUGUUAUAAACCUCAACCAACUAAUGAAGUGGACCUUACAUGCUUUGUUUCUUUAAGUGCUAUACAAAGUCUAGUGUGAUGUGUGAACAGAUGUAUAUAUUAGUUAAUGUCUAUAAGUGUUUGUGGUUAUUUUUUAUGCUUUUUUUUUAAAGGCCCAACUAUUUUCACAGCUUUUACUAUGUGAUCUCGAAUUACACACACUGUUUUAAAUAAAAUGAUAAAUGAAACUAAAAAAAAA